GCAAGCGGGAUGUGUUGUUGAAGUGGAAUUGACGUUGUGCGAGAUAAUAAAAUUAAACUGCUUAAAAAAUCUUUUUAACUUAUUGAAUAGCAGCUCUCCCUUCAAAAUUCUUAUAAAAACCAAUUACAUAUAAUAAUAAGUGCGGUAAAUUAUUGAAUUAUAUCAGUGGUUUGACGUAAAUGAAGUUAUGCAUUGUCAUACUCUGCAUAUAAAAUAGUGCGAAAUUUACUUGCUUGCUGCGAAAAGAAAUAAGGCGGAAAUUGGAGAUAAGUGAAAAAAUUAACAAGGUUCUUUUUUCAUUUGUCUAGUAAGACCCAUAAAAAGGAAAAACACUUAAACGAAGUAAAUUUUCUGGACGUGUUUAGGUGAUUGAGGCAUUAGGUGAAGGUGUGUGUCAGUGAUUUCAACUUCAUUACUUUCGCUAAAAGAAAACAAGUGCUGUUUUUUCCUUGUCGAUCUAUUGGCGGAAUUAGAAAUAUGGCACCAGCGUUAAGUAAAAUUGCGCAAAACCAGAGCGCCAUAGUGGGAGUGGCGGGCGUUUCGGCUGCUCUUUGGAUAAUUGCCUACGGAAAAAUGUCCAGCAAGCGUAGAAAACCGGGCUAUGAGGAUAAAAUUCAAUACACAAUCGCUGAAAAGAAAGACAAAAAGGGCACAAAGGCACAUGUCAAUUCUGUAUUCUUCAAACAAUUACGACAGUUGUUGCCAAUACUGGUACCUCGCUUUUGGAGUGUGGAAACUGGUCUAUUAUUUUUGGUGGCCGCCUCGCUAAUUGGACGUUCCGUAAGUGAUAUUUGGAUGAUCCAGAAUGCAACAGUAGUGGAAAGCACAAUCAUACAUAUGAACAAAGCUAAAUUUAGAUCGGCAUUGCUAAAAUAUCUCGCCGCUUUGCCAAUGAUAUCUGUGGUCACGAACAUCCUAAAGUGGAGCUUGGGUGAAUUGAAAUUGAGAUUCCGAACAAAUUUGACACAUCAUCUGUACAAUCAGUACUUAUGCGGUUACACAUACUACAAAAUGUCAAAUUUGGAUAAUAGAAUAGCGAACGCCGAUCAACUUCUUACCACUGAUAUCGAUAAGUUCUGCGAAAGUGCCACAGACCUGUACUCGAAUAUCAGUAAGCCCGUGUUGGAUAUUUUCAUCUACGUCUAUCGUUUGACGGUCAAUCUGGGUGGCAAGACACCUUCAAUACUUAUGCUGUAUUUGCUGUUCGCUGGCAUCGUUCUAACACGGUUGCGACGCCCAACUGGACGUCUUACAGUUGAGGAGCAAAAAUUGGAAGGUGAAUUCCGCUACGUGAAUAGUCGUCUCAUAACGAACUCCGAAGAGGUAGCCUUCUAUCAGGGCAAUACACGCGAGAAGCUAACGCUGCUGGCCAGCUAUUCGAAAUUGCGUGCACAUCUGCGUAAAUUCCUGGAAUUCCGCGUUAGCAUGGGCAUUGUUGAUAAUAUUGUGGGAAAAUAUUUUGCGUCAAUUGUCGGAUUUUACGCUGUUUCAAUUCCUUUCUUUGCCGAAAACCAUCCCUUACUGUCGGGCGAAAAAAGCGGACAGCGAUUGCAGGCUUACUACACUUACGGCCGCAUGCUGGUAAAGUUAGCUGAGGCUAUUGGCCGUUUGGUUUUAGCUGGACGUGAAAUGUCUCGCUUAGCUGGUUUUACGGCGCGCAUGACCGAACUAAUCAAAGUUUUGAGUGAUCUAAACAAAGGACGUUACGAACGCACAAUGGUGAAUAACAUCGUAAAUGGUGAUAAUGGUUUUGGGCCAAAUAAAGGUGUUAUGACCUUCGUUGAUAAUAUCAUCAGGUUCGAAAAGGUGCCACUUGUUACACCCAACGGCGAUCUGUUGGUUAAGGAGCUAACCUUCGAAGUUAAAUCUGGCAUGAAUGUGCUGGUUUGCGGCCCAAAUGGCUGUGGUAAGUCUAGUUUAUUCCGCAUACUCGGUGAGCUGUGGCCAACAUGGGGUGGCAAAUUGACGAAGCCGCCGCGAGGAAAGCUCUUCUACAUCCCUCAGCGUCCAUACAUGACACUGGGCUCGUUGCGUGAUCAGAUAAUCUAUCCACACACACGCGAUGAGAUGGUACGCAGCGGCAAGAGCGACGAAGACCUAAUGAAAUAUUUAGACAUCGUACAGCUCACCUAUUUGGAGCAGCGUGAGAAUGGUUUGAACGCCAUUGAGGAUUGGAUUGAUGUCUUAUCUGGUGGCGAGAAGCAACGAAUUGCUAUGGCGCGUCUCUUCUACCACAGUCCACAAUUUGCCAUUCUCGAUGAAUGCACGAGCGCGGUUUCAGUCGAUGUAGAGGGUCAAAUGUACAGUUAUUGCCGCGAGGCGGGCAUUACGUUAUUCACAGUGUCACAUCGCAAAUCGCUGUGGACGCAUCACGACUACUAUUUGCAGUUCGAUGGACGUGGUAGCUACGAAUUCGGUCCAAUUGAUCAAGCGAAAGAGCAGUUUGGCUCGUAAAAAUUUAAAAUAAGCAAGGACAAAUACUACAUUAAUUUAUGUAGAUAAAAUACAUAGUAACAAUAAAGUCAAUCAGUAAAAAUGGUAGCAUCGCCAGCGUCACCUAUGUACACCUACAUAAAUAAACUGUUCAUGUGGGAACAAAUAGUAUUGCCGAAAUGA